AGGAGAGGCAGAGCGCUACGCCACACACCCGCCCCUCUGUUUGCGUCUGUGGGCGGCUGUGUAAAGGCGCGGCGGGAACCAGAGUGCGCCAGAAGAGAGUGCAAGGAUGAGUGACAGCGACGAGGACGGCGGGCGCUGGGGGCACCGGGGGAGGAGCAGGAGCAGGAGUAGGAGCAGCAGUCGAAGCAGCAGGGAGAAAGACUCCUACUGGUACAACAGGGACAGCAGAUCAGGCAGCGACAGCCCUGACAGUAGGAAACACGAUCCUUAUUCCAACUACUUCGACGGGAAUGACGAGGACGAGGACGAGGAGGAGAGGAAGGAACGAGAUGGCUACGGCUUUAACUACGACGACGAUGACAAGGACAGCGAACGAGGGGGACUGCCACAUUACUACAGCAGAAGGAGCAGCAACAGUAGUCGGAACAGCCACGGAAGUCGUCGGGAUAUAUACUUGGAUAACGAGAAGGGUGAGGACAAUUACGAAUGGAACUCCUCGUCAUGGCGGUGCAAGAAGGAUAAAGAUAAGGACUCCAACAGCAGCAGGAGUAGCAGGAGUGACCGAUUUGGGUUCAGGAGGCGAGGCGAUGAUAGCGACGACGAUGGACGAAGCAGGAGAAAAAGACGACGAGCGGCGGAAGCAGAAGACUACAUGGAGAACGAAUAUGGGAGAAGCAACCAUGAUAGAUUACCGAUUUGUUGCUGCACCCUCAUGUGAGAGAGAGAGAGAGAGAGAGAGAGAGAGAGAGAGAGAGAAACUAAUCCCAGUCGAUCGAUACAACACCAGGAAAACUUGACUAGAGAGAGAGAGAGAGAGAGAGAGAGAGAGAGAGAGAGAGAGAGAGAGAGAGAGAGAGGACAACUGCUCCAAAGACAAAGAACAUGUGAACGAAAGUGAGAGUGAAUGAAAGAAGAAAAAAAAAAGAAGAAAAAAAAGACCGAACGAAUA